AUGAAAAACAUUACUAUUUCUGAUCAUCCCGUUGUAAACGAGUUAAUCUCCGUCCUUCGAGACUUGUCCUUGAAGCCUUCGCAAGUGCGAGGUGUGGUUGACGAAAUUUCUCGAUUCUUGGCGUAUGAGUCCACAAAGUCUUUGAACGUUUCCUCCGUGUCCAUAGUCCCAGUUCUUCGUUCUGGCAUGUCCAUGAUGAGUGCUUUCUCCAAAGUAUUACCAGAUGUACCGAUCUACCAUAUCGGAAUUUUCCGAGAAAAGAGCUCUUUACAACCAAUUGAAUAUUACAAUAAGCUUCCAAAGCAUUCUACAGAAGUCGCCAUUGUGUUGGAUCCUGUUAUGGCUACCGGUGGUACUGCUCAGGCGGUGAUUACUACUCUCCAAGAAUGGGGCUGUAAGCACAUUGUCUUUGUUGGUGUUUUGGCAAGUGCACAAGCGGUUGCACGCUUCAAGAAUACCCCUAAUGUCGAAUUUGUCUUUGGUGCUAUUGACAAGAGUCUCGAUGAACAAGGUUACCUCGUCCCUGGCAUUGGAGACAUCGGUGAUCGACUCUACGGCGCCGCCGCUUAA